AUGUCAAGCGCAAAAGGACAAGCACGGGUACAAGAAGAAGUUGCAGAGGAUGCCGGACUCUGUCAAAAGCUGGAUGACUUGAAGAGAGUGCUUGGAGCCCGAAAUUUCCAUACGGAGAAAGUCGUCGAGUACAAUGCGCAGCAGUUUGCGUCGUUGACAGAAGAAUUCAAUACGCGCCAGUUGAUGGAUAUGAAUGGGAAAUUGCAUACGGUAAUCCUGACUUCCCGCGAAACGCAGGACGUCUGCUUCUUUACGCCUCUCGAUGUCGCCUCUUCGUCGUAUGCGCGAAGUCGUACUCCGGUACUAUCACCUCUAUCCUAUGGUCUACUUAAUGACCUAUCGCAACAAGCGACUGACGACUCCCAAAAUGUAUAUGUACCUAUACAACCAAAUCCUCUCAAAAAAAGAGAAGUAUCGUCAACACAAGAGCUCGCCUCUCGGUCUGCCGCGCGGCCGGACCACGCUGAGAUACCGUCGCCCCUGACCUCAUUUCCAUACUUCCUGGAAAAUAAGAUCAACAUGUAUAUCUGGCCUCGCCUGAUUCGCGAUCGAUCUGAUAGGCGUAUCGACAGUUUGUUACAAGUGGACACAAAAGUAAACAUAGCAUGGAAAGAGAGCUUGGUACGCAACAACUUCUUGGGCACUUUCGACGAGAAGUGGCCAGCAGAGUUUCCAGCUGCCAACAUCAACAAGGUCGUUUGCUUUGGACUCGGCGAACUGUACGGCAGCGAGGGCGAAGAGGAUCCAGACAGCCUUCGUCGCGACGACCCUUGUCUGGAAAAGUACCUUAUCCUUCUUGCCUUCGAACUAGUCCAUUGGCUAGAACACAAGCUUCACGUGCAUGUGCCAAUGAUCCUCGAGGAUUCAAGAUGCGACCAGCAAGAUCGUCAGCGCAUAGAAGAUUUUGCAAAAGAAACGGUCACUCCGAUAAGCUUUAUGGAUAAGUGCCAGGCCCUACUUGAAGUCGACAAAAACACCCUGGUACUGGCCCCUGGUAAACCUCAUUUUGCUAUCCGCUCACCCAUCGCGGAUCUUGCCAAGAUUAAGGGAGCCCCCGCUGGCAUCUUCUGCGAAACAGUCCCGAUGAUUACAACUACUAAACAGGAGGUUGAGUUUGGCAAGGACAAUAAGACUGAUCCACCUACCAUGGGUGUCGCGUCUAUGGUGAAAGAUCACAUGGAGGAUGUAUGUCGAAUUCCUCGGUGGGGAUUAACGUUCUACCUGAAACGUGCUCUACUUGAAACAUGA